UUAAGAAUUAAAUUAAAGAAUUGCAGCUUGGCCGUCGUCGUGGAAAGACCAAUGGUAUCUUUUCAGUCUUUAAGUACCGAAGAAGGCAUAGCUCAGUUGAAUCAGUAUCUUGCAGACAAAAGCUAUUUACAUGGAGUGGAACCCACAAAGGCAGAUGUUUUGGUACACAAUGCUAUAAAAUCCAUUCCCGAUAGCAGUACGUUCCCACAUGUAGCCCGUUGGUAUCGCCACAUCGGGUCUUAUUCUCCAUACGAACAAGAGGCCUUCCCUUCUUCACCAGAGACCGUUACCAUUGAAGGUGAGUCAAGACAGAAACCUGUAAAAAUGGACACCAGUAAAGACGAAGAGUUUGAUGCGGACGAUCUUUUUGCGAGCGAUGACGAGGAAGAUGAAGAGGCAUAUCGUGAGCAGCAGAGAAGGGCAGAGGAAGCCUUGAAAGCGAAGGAAGCGAGAGAUGCAGCUAAACAAGCAAGUGGAAAGCAAACUGUGGCAAAGUCGUCCAUUGUUUUUGAAGUCAAACCUUGGGAUGACCAAACGGAUUUGAAAAAGAUGGAAGAGGCAGUGAGAGCUAUUCAAAUGGAUGGUUUAACUUGGGGUGCUUCCAAAAUCCAACCGAUUGGUUACGGUAUAAAUAAGUUGGUUAUAAUGUGUACUAUUAUUGACGAAAAAGUUCCUUCUACGGAAAUUAUCGAGGAAGAGAUUACAGCGCUGGAAGAUUAUGUCCAAAGCGUUGAUAUCGCAGCUUUCAAUAAAUUGUAGACUUUUGUGUCGUGAGGGUAACUGUUGCACAAU